AUGCCUGUACCAUUUGAGGGUUUAAUACCAUAUGCAAUCAUGACCGCUUUCUAUGGCUUAGCUGGUCAUGGUGUUCAAUAUAUUAGAUACUGGGACAACGGUUGGAAGAAUGAUCGCUACUUUUUAGACCAGUGGGACCACAAAAUGAUGCAAAGAGAUUUCUACCUAACAGGAACUCAUCGAGGACAAACGAGUGAGCCAAUAGCUCCAGAAAGUUUCAAGACGAUCGAACUGAUUGAACAGAGAUACUACACACCAUACAGAAACCAAUUCUUUAGUUUGAGAGAUAGGUUGUUUAGAGGAUAUGUAUUUGGUGAUUGGAAUUUUUCAUAA